GUUCUAGCUUCUGGUCUCCCGUUCCCAUUUCGCCACCCCAAUGUCCGUUUUCAAAAAGCUACUCGGCUUAGAUACUCAGCACCAAGACGCAAUCGAAUCCCGUCCAGAUGUGCAGCCUUUGGGUCCCUAUCUGCAGCAGAAAUUCUCGCGAGGAGUGAAUUAUAAUAUGAAAAUCGUCAUACGUGGAGAUCGCACUUCGGGAAAAACUGCCCUGUUCAAUAGAAUUAAGGGUGGUGAGUUUACGGAGACCUAUGUGGCGACGAACGAGAUCCAGGUGGCUAGCGUAAACUGGAACUACAAGAACUCUGGUGACAUUAUCAAGGUUGAAGUGUGGGAUGUAGUCGACCAAGGGAAGCCAAGGCCAGCCUCCCAAGGUCUGAAGUUGUCCAACUCACCGCAAUCGCAAAAAACAGAACCCUGUCUGGAUGCAUCCUUCCUUGAUGUUUACAAAGGAACCCACGGAGUCAUUAUCGUCAUGGACAUGACUAAAUCUUGGACGUUCACUUAUGUACGUCGUGAACUUCCUCGAGUUCCUCCGCACCUUCCUGUUCUGGUUUUGGCUAGUCAUCGGGAUAUGGGUGACAAGCGCACCGUGACGGAGGAUCAAGUACGAGCAUUCCUAGAAGAAGAAGCCGAAUGUCGUGCAGCAUCGGGUGAAUUUCCAGUUUCCAAAUCUCCUAAACGGGCAUUUCGCGUUCAGUACUGCGAAGCUUCCAUGCUAAACGGAUUCGGGCUUCGAUAUGUGCACAAAUUCUUCAGCCUUCCAUUCCUUUGCCUUCAACACACGGUCUUGCGUCAACAACUCGCUCGGAACGAGAUGGAAACGUCGCAUGUUGUGGCCGAACUGGAGACAGAUGGGAAUGCGAUCAGUACCAAUCAGUCGGCCUAUGAAGCAUAUGUACAGGCGCGAAGGGAAAAACAACGAGUGGUUUUAACGCAUUGCUCUCCGCCUGAAUCCUCAAUCACGACGUCGUCGAACACCCCCGCCCCAGUUUGCACGGCGCGAGGCGUAUCUGUCCAAGCAACAGCUCUGUUACAUCAAGCAACUUCAGAUGUCCGACGUGGGCCCACCUCCUCAACUGAUACCGCUGUUCAACACACGGCCCACACUCCGAACCGUUGCAGUACCAAGAAAACAUCGUGCGAAACGGCACCAGAAGAUACCGAAGCUUUCAUAAUGGUGGUUGGGGACACCCGAGCAGUUCGCUCAAAUGCUGCUCGACAAUGUGGGUUAUUAGAUUGCAGGCGUUCCAUUACCAAUCGAAGUGACGUCGGCAGUGCUGGGUUGAGUGACGAUGUCACCUCGACUGGUGAUGAAACGUUUGCAAUCCAACUACCAAGCUCGGCGAACAGACCAACAACCAAGGUUAUUCACUUUCCGUGCAUUUCGAUACAACGCCAACAGUCGAUAAAUAAACGACCCUGGAUAACGCUAACUAUGCUUCCUUAUAAAGUCACAGAGAUCUUAGAGAAAGAGUCUAGCCUGUCGGUCUGA